AGCACGGCAGGGGCGCCGUCCUGCUCGCAGCGCCGUCUGUCCACGUAUGCGCCAUACGGUUUAAAAUAAGUGCUCGGGGGAUUUCUGCAGCACCAUGCUGACGGUGAGCACCGGCGCAGCUGAUGCCGACGCUACUGUAAACAGUGCCAGUACCAGCAUCAACACCGCCGACGUCGGCAACGGCAACGGCGACGGGGCAGCAGGGGAGAGGAUGGAGAGGACGGUGCCAACACCAGGGGAGGACAGGACCAACCACCAGCCAAUAUCUUCUAUGCCGACCGGGGUGCUUGAUAAAUUGUUUGGGAAACGCCUUCUGCAGGCCAGACGGUACAUCAUGUCUCGUAAGUCCUGGCUGAAGAUGGUGCCCACUGACAACUGUGAUAUCCUGAUGACAUUCCCAGAUGCCAUAGAUGACCACACAUUGCUGUGGCUCCUGAAUCAGAUCCGUGUUGGAAUCCCACAAGUCACCAUCCAGGUCCGACAGCACAAGCACACACAGGGACACGCCUUCUUCAUCACAACAACCUUUGAGAAUUUACUGCGAGGAGCAGAACAGAUGGGCAUGCACAAAGCGGUCAAACCUCAGUUUGGAGGGGGGACGCGGCGGUUUUCCUGCGAGGAGGACAACAUCUAUGAAAACAUUGAGAGCGAGCUCUGCUUUUUCACCUCCCAGGAGCGUCAGAGUAUCAUAAAAUACUGGCUGGACAAUCUGCGAGCCAAACAGGGGGAGAUGCUUCACAACAUCCACUUUCUGGAGGGACAGCCUAUCAUCCCAGAACUGGUGGCCAGAGGCGUGAUCCACCAAAUGUUUCCUCUCCAUGAGCAACGAAUCCUCAGCCAGUUGAUGACGUCUUGGGUCCAGGCUGUCUGCGAACGGCAGCCCCUCGAUGAUAUCUGCGACUACUUUGGAGUGAAGAUUGCCAUGUACUUUGCCUGGCUGGGUUUCUACACCAACUCCAUGCUUUAUCCUGCGGUCAUUGGCUUCCUGCUUUGGAUAUUAGCAGAGGCCGAUCAGACCAGUCAGGAUAUCUGCUGUGUGGUGUUUGCCCUCUUCAACGUUGUGUGGGCCACGUUGUUUCUGGAGCGCUGGAAGAGGCGAGAGGCGGAGCUGGCUUAUAAAUGGGGCACCUUGGACACCCCUGCCGAGUCCUUGGAGGAGCCCCGGCCACAGUUCAGGGGAGUGAAACGAUGCAGUCCUAUAACAGGCUGCGAGGAGUUCUACUACCCUCCCUGGAAGAGAGCUAUGUUCAGGUGGUUGGUCAGCUUGCCCAUCUGCCUCCUCUGUCUUUGUUUUGUCUUCCUGGCUAUGCUCCUGUGUUUGGAACUGCAGGAGGUGGUGAUGGACAUUAAGGAGCUACCUGGUAUUACUAGAUUCAUACCUAAGAUAGUUCUGGCUGUCACUGUGACCAUAUGCGAUGAAGUCUACAAGAAGAUUGCCUAUUGGCUGAAUGACAUGGAGAAUUAUAGACUUCAGAGUGCCUAUGAGAAUAACCUCAUCAUCAAAAUGGUUUUUUUUGAAUUCAUCAAUUCUUACCUUAGCCUUUUCUACAUUGGAUUCUACCUCAAGGACAUGGAACGACUGAAAGAGAUGCUAGCAACUCUACUGAUUUUUCGGCAAUUCCUACAGAACAUCAAAGAGGUCCUCCAGCCAUAUCUGUAUGAACAAAACAAGCUGGGUGUCUUCACCCCCAAGGUUUUGUGGGAAUUACUCCAGGCCAUUGUGCUCAAAUACAGCCGCCUGGCUCUGGGAAAGGCUCAAGCCUCAAUGACGGCCUAUUCCCUCCUUGGGCUCAAGGGGAUUCCCAUUACUACCCCUGCUAAUGGUAACCCCGAGCCGAAGAAGAGGGGGGAUCUGAAAGCCGGAUUCAGGCUGACUGAAGAAGAAUGGGAUAUGAAUGACAGUGCAUUGAGGCAACGGAAAGUCAGCUUCACUGAAAAGGUUGACUACCAGGAUGUUACCUCAGAAAAGCCGGGGGCUGAUGAUAAGGAUCACAAUUUCCUUGAGGACAGUCCCACACUGGUAGAGGAGGGGAUGGACCCGUCCAGUAUUUUUGACAGCUGCGACGAUGACAGUGAUGGCGAGAGUCUGCCUCAAACUAAGGAGAAUACCGCUGUGUCCCCUCUGAAUGGAUGUGACUCUCUGUGUCAGAGAAGAAAGACUGUUAGUGAGGAGAAAGAGAACAAAAAGUCAUGGAUGGAUCCUCCAAAAGAACCCAAGACCGUCACCCUCACCCAAGCAGAGAUUGAGAGCUGCAUGCAGACAUAUGAGGACACACUCCAGGACUACCAGGAGAUGUUCAUUCAGUUUGGCUAUGUGGUGCUGUUCUCCUCUGCAUUUCCUCUGGCCGCCAUGUGUGCGCUCAUCAACAAUAUCAUUGAAAUACGCAGUGAUGCCCUGAAGCUUUGCACUGGCCUGCAAAGGCCAUUUGGACAGAGGGUGGAAAGCAUCGGACAAUGGCAGACAGCAAUGGAAGCCAUGGGCCUGAUAGCCAUCAUAGUAAACUGUUACUUGAUUGGUCAGUGUGGUCAACUGCAGCGCCUCUUCCCCUGGUUGAGUCCUGAGAUGGCCAUCAUCUCCAUCGUCUUACUGGAGCACUUUGCAAUCCUACUAAAGUACAUCAUCCAUGUUGCCAUCCCUGAUAUUCCGGGCUGGGUAGCAGACGAGAUGGCCAAGCUAGAGUACCGACGAAGGGAAGCUUUCAAGAAGCAUGAGCGUCAGGCCCAGCAGCAUUUCCAGCAGCAACUGAAGCGCCGUCGCGAAGAGGAGGAGCUCCAGAGACAAGCUGAGCUGCAAGCCGAGGCUCGCCAAGAGAGUGAGUACCAUAAGGUUGACACUCAGCACCAGCAUCACCAUGACAAAACUGCCAAGGCAGGGGAUAAACCCAAGAGACCCAGCUCUCUUUUGGGCAACAACAACGUCAUGAAGCUGAAGCAGAUCAUCCCCCUCCAGGGGAAGUUCUCCUCUGGCGCAUCGCGCUCCCCUGCUCAGUCACCAACAGGAGGCGAGGCGAAACUCCCUGGUUUCCUCAAUUUUAAGUUCCUGAAGUCACCCGAGGUGAAAAAGGAGCCAGCCAUGGCAGUUGGGGUGAUGCCAGGGUCAACAGUGACCCCCUCUGUUGUCCAUAGUGGCCAGGAGAGGUCACAGUCCCCCAACAAAACAUUCAGUCCUGGAAAGCUGUUUAGUUUCAGCAAGUCAGAAGGCAAUGUGGUGUGCGCAAAUGGGACACAACCAUCCAGACAGAGCGAUACCUCUUCCCAGGCCCCUAAUGCACAGCCCAGCAAGGCUGACCUAAAUACAACCCCAGAGGAAUUGCCUUCUAAUGACUCAGAUAGGGGAGAAACCAAACAAUCAACAGACAUGGAUAACUCUGGCUGACGGUCAGUAAUCACCUACUGUACAUGUGUAUUAUUAUGGUGGAGACCAAUGUACAAUGAUGUUCUGGAAACAUUCAGAGACAAUGGUGAAAAGGUUCUGUAGGAGAUCCUGUGUUGGUGGCAAGGACCAAAUGUAAGGUCAGCAAACAGUAGAUUUUCACUGUCGAUGCACCAUAUUUCGCACUAUUAUACUGUAUUUAUUGUCACUUUACAAUAUAGCUUCCAUGUAAAGAAUGUACAGUCAUGUAAUUGCUUGAAUGAGACUUGACUAACCAUCUGAGGUUAAAGCACUGCAUGACCUGCAGCUCUGUAUCUCGCUUUAAUUAGCAUCUUACUACCAAAAAAAAAAGUACAGUCCCAAUGUGCAGGAUGAUUUGUGAAACCAGAAUCUAGAUCAUAACAGCAUUUAUCAAAGGCUUUUAAAAGCAGUUUACUAAUUCCAGAUUAGUUUGGAUUAGAUGUGUCUUUAAUGCAUGUUGAGUCAUCUGCAUGCAUUGCGUUUAGACAUUGUCUCUUAGUUUGUCCAACAUUUACAAAGCCAUUGUAUACCUUUGCAAUAGCUCAGAUUAUAGUCACUGUGACUGUGGAAAAUUAUAUUCUAUUUUUCUUAACUUUGAUUUUCUAUGAAUUAUUUUACUACAUGAAUUAGUGAAUGUACCUCCUAUGAAGCAAAUAAAUCUCAGCUGAA